AUGGCUGGCGGCGACGUCAAGAAGGGUGCCAACCUGUUCAAGACCCGAUGUGCUCAGUGCCACACCGUUGAGAAGGACGGCGGCAACAAGAUCGGCCCCGCCCUGCACGGCCUCUUCGGCCGCAAGAGUGGUACCGUCGAGGGCUACGCCUACACCGACGCCAACAAGCAGAAGGGUGUCGAGUGGAACGACCAGACCCUCUUCGACUACCUCGAGAACCCCAAGAAGUACAUCCCCGGCACCAAGAUGGCCUUCGGUGGCCUGAAGAAGGCCAAGGACCGAAACGACCUCAUUGCCUACCUCAAGGACUCUUGUGCUUAA